AUGGGCAGCCCCCGCUCCGCGCUGAGCUGCCUGCUGUUGCACUUGCUGGUUCUCUGCCUGCAAGCCCAGGAAGGCCUGAGGAGGGGGAGCCCUGUGCUGGACAGGGAGCUUGCUUCCCUGUCUCUAGCUGGCAGGGUGUCUGUUGUUUCCCAACAGGUAACUGUUCAGUCCUCACCUAAUUUUACACAGCAUGUGAGGGAGCAGAGCCUGGUGACCGAUCAGCUCAGCCGCCGCCUCAUCCGGACCUAUCAGCUCUACAGCCGCACCAGCGGGAAGCACGUGCAGGUCCUGGCCAACAAGCGCAUCAAUGCCAUGGCAGAAGACGGGGACCCCUUUGCAAAACUCAUUGUGGAGACAGAUACCUUUGGGAGCCGGGUUCGAGUCCGUGGAGCUGAGACAGGUCUCUACAUUUGCAUGAACAAGAAGGGGAAGCUAAUUGCUAAGAGCAACGGUAAGGGCAAGGAUUGCGUCUUCACGGAGAUCGUGCUGGAGAACAACUACACGGCCCUGCAGAACGCCAAGUACGAGGGCUGGUACAUGGCCUUCACCCGCAAGGGCCGGCCCCGCAAGGGCUCGAAGACGCGGCAGCACCAGCGCGAGGUGCACUUCAUGAAGCGGCUGCCGCGCGGCCACCACACCACCGAGCAGAGCCUGCGGUUCGAGUUCCUCAACUACCCGCCCUUCACGCGCAGCCUGCGCGGCAGCCAGAGGACUUGGGCCCCGGAGCCCCGAUAG